GGCCUGCCCCCACCGCUGACCAUGGUGGGGGCCGGGCAGCGCCGGCGGCUGGUGGUCUGCGUGGUGAGCGACCUGCCCCCCGGCUCCGGCCACGCCGUCUGGAUCUCCGGGGAGAACGGCAGCGCCCUGCAGUCCUUCGCCUACGGGGCCUCCCAGGAGGACGGUGGCACCGUCUGCACCGUCUCCCUUCUCCCCGACGACCCCACGGCCGAGGGGGAUCUCGCCUGCCACGUGGGGACCAACCGGACCUCCCCAGCCCACAGCUCCAGCCCCAUCCGCAUCACGGGCAGUGAGGAGGCGGCAGAGCCGUGUCCCGGCAGCACGGCCGAGCCGCCGGCCCGCGCCUCGGCCGCCCUGCUGGUGGCCGUGCGGGUGGUGCUGCUGAAGGUCGCCCUCUCCGACGCCCUCCUCACCUCCAUCCUCCUCGCCCAGAGCUGA